AUGUCGUCGUCGCCAAUUACCCCCGAAGCCGCGCUGGAGAUCCUCCAAGCAACUGCACUUACUGCACGCUGCCACAACGCAUUUUUUAGACAGAAGCAGCUCAAGUCACUGCAUGAUGCGCUGCGUAAUAGCAGUGAUGCUAUCAGAAAUGCUAUUAAGCAGGAUACGCAUGUAUCCGACGAGGAAGCAACUACAGAGGUUGCUGUUGUCCUCGACCUAGUCAAAGAGCACUAUGCCUCUAUUGAUGUGACAAAAGAGCUAGAAGCGGAAUAUCGAAUCACAAAUGGCAAAGACGCCAGUAACAGGAGAGUACCGUGGGGUGUUGCAUACAUUGAGCCACAAAAAAGCCAUACGCCAUUCUUUUCGGUCCUGUCACCUUUGAGUGCAGCUGUUGCAGCCGGUACCUGUGUAGCGCUCAAGCUUGAAAACAACCUCCGUGCUCUCCCCUCUCUCCUCCGCAAGCUUCUCACCGAAGCUCUUGAAUCUGACACCUUCCUCAUCAUCUCCUCCUCCCCACCCGCCGACUCCCUCUCAACCUACCUCCAAGUCCUCCAAGAGACACAAGUCGCCCAACCAACAUACUCCCAGCACGUCUCCCCUCAAGGCAAAGUAAUCGCAAUUGUAGACCGCACCGCGGACCUUGCUACCGCGGCCUCGCAUCUUGUCACAGCCCGCUUCGCCUUUGGUGGCACAUCCCCCUACGCCCCAGACAUAAUUCUUGUAAACGAAUUCAUCAAAAAAGAGUUCCUCGAACACGUACUCCAGCUUUCCUUCCGUUACCUCGUGGGUUCCGGCUCUCUCGCCAACGGUUCCUCCAACCCCGGCAGCAAUCAAAAAUCCUCAUCAUCAUCCAGGAUAUCCACCGCCUUCUCCACCCUCUCCUCCUCAAAAUCCUGGGACCUAACUACAAUUUCCUCCGGCGACAACGGCGCAGUCGUCGAACUCUCAAACCUAUCCUCCCUACCCCCCAAAUCCACACAACCCAUCUUUGCAGUGUCGGCGAUAACAUCGCUCGAACACGCCAUCAGCCUCGUCGAACAAGACGUCUCCCCCAAUGAAACCCUCUUAGCAAGCUACCACUUCGGCGCGAAUGCAACAGCAAAGUACCUCUCGCAAUUUGUGCCGGCAGCGGUGUCGUUUGCAAACAGUGUCCCGUUUUCGCUGCUUCUCGGCCCCGCCGCCCCAGAACCUUCAUCUCAGAUUCCUUUUGAUGUGGAGAAGAGGUACACGGUUGAGCAUUUUUCGCGGCUCGCGCCCGCAUAUGUAAGCGUGCCGGGUAGUCAGAGGUCGCUGCUGAAGGUGCUGAGUGGCAAGGAAGGAGCGAAGGUGGCGAGCGAGAUGUUGGGGCAGGCGACAAAGGAGAUUAAGGAGGCGAAGCGGAAGGAGUCGAUUGCGAUUGGGUAUUUUGAGCAGGGAAUAUUUGUCGGGUUGGGAGUUUACGGUAUCCCGCUUCUCACGUGUAUUGGGGCGUCGUUGUUCUUUGGGGUGAGGGCUGGGCUGAGGAAGUUGGCGUUUAUUUAA